AUGAAGGGUUUGCUAAGUAGCAGAGCAGACUUGCAGCAAAAAUUGAGAAAGAGGGCAGCACAGGAAGAAGAGGAGAUGGACAUUGAUACAAACAGCAAUAUGGGCAAUAAUGGCCCAGAGAAUGGAGAUCACCCUGGUCAAGGAGCAGGUAUUGCUGCUACCCUAGGUAGUAAGCCAGCAAUUGACCUUACAGCUUCUGCUAUGCCAACAGUGCCUUCAGCAGCUGCACCUGUCUCUGCCUCUGCUGGGAAUACAAACUCACCUGUCCCUUCCAUUACAAACAAUGUCCAGUUUGCUGCAACAGCAGUUCAUGUAGCCUCCAAACAGUUUGACAAGGAUCAAUCAUCAAGCAGCUCCAAUGAGGAUACCAACACCCCACCAACAAAACAACAGAGACAAAAUUGCAAAAGUAGCAUGCCAAGGGCUUGUAAUCCCAAUGGGAACGCUAUCAAGCCUGCAGCACCUUCCAGUGCUACAACUUCAAAGGGUCAAAACACCAAGUUGCGUCCAACAGAACCAGGUCUUUUGGGGUCAACUACAAAGGCAAGUAAGACUCAGGCAGCACCAAUGAGAAGAGCGCCAAAGAGUUCAAGGUCAAACAAGAAGUAG